AUGGCCGCUUUUCAUCACAGCAUUCUUCUACCCAAAGGCAUCCUCCCUGGGAGCUUUACUCCGCAAGAACACCACAUGGUCUGCCACCCCACCCUGACCAGGAGGCACGGUGUUCGCUGCCUCCUGAUCGCCGUCUCGCCCCACGUCGAAACCUACGUGCGGGCUUUGGCCAGAGUGGUGGGGGCCUUGGCCGUGGUGGCGGCCUCCAAAAUGUACGACAAGGUUGUGUUCUUCCUUGCCUCGGAGGCCACCGCCCAGGAGGCAGUGGAGUGGGUCCUGGCUGGGGGGGGCAUGCAAGUGCCCCUCGAACUGCUGGAGGUCCUGGGCGUGCUGGGUUACACGGUGCUGCCCAAUGGAGAGAUGGCUGCCGACAGUGCCCUGCUGCACGUGGCCAAGUGCCUCCCCAACAAGGUGAAGCUGGCCUUCUCGCAGGACCGGGCCCUGCCGGGCUCGGAGCUCCAGCUGCAGGUGCAGGCUGCCCCCGGGUCCCUGUGCGCCGUCCGCGCCGUGGAUCGCAGCGUGCUGCUCAUGAAGCCUGAGGCCGAGCUCAGCGUCGACACGGUCUAUAACUUGCUCCCUGAUUUUCACCAAAAAGACUCCUAUCAAGGUAAUAAGUCAUGUUACUGUCAGUACAGUAAUACAGCUCUGGUUCUGGCUACUACUGUCGACAAUCUGCCGAGGAGCAUUUCGAAAUUCUGGAGGCGGCGCAGAGGGACUCGUGGCAGGGCUGUCCCACUGACAGACCCCAACGGCCUGUUUCAGGAUGCAGCUUUGACACUUCUCACCAACACCCGCAUCUGUGAGCAUGAACGAGGCUUCGGUUGGGAAGUAUGUCGCUAUAGGAGAGAGGAGCCCCCACGGAUCGUUGCUCAGACAGAGCUAGGGCCCUGUGCCCAGGCGGAACCGGCACCGCAUACGUACUUCCCAGAGACGUGGCUAUGGGACCUGGUGGCUGUGGGCGACGGGGGCUCGACGGACGUCCCGCUCUCGGUGCCCGACACCCUCACGCAGUGGAAAGCCGGGAUGUUCUGCACGGCGGAGGGGGGCUUUGGGCUCUCCCCCACGGCCACCCUCACAGUCGUCAAGCCCUUCUUUGUGGAGCUGGCCUUGCCGUACUCCGUGGUCCGGGGAGAGGCCUUCACCCUAAAGGCCACCGUCUCCAACUCCCUGCAGCAGUGCAUCAAGGUGCGGGUGAUGCUGGCGAAGUCGGCGCAGUUCCAGGUGCAGGCGAGUGAUGACGGCGCCUACACCAGCUGUCUCUGUGCAGACGAAGGGAAAACUUUCCAGUGGGAGGUGACGGCAAGUAGCCUGGGGGAGGUGAACUUCACCGUCAGCACGGAGGCCCUGCGCACCGAGGAGCUGUGCGGCAACGAGCUGGCCGUGGUGCCAGCCCAGGGGCGAGUGGACACCGUGAUCCAGCCCCUGCUGGUCCUGCCGGGGGGGAUCGUGGAGGAGACGUCGCACAGCUCCCUGCUCUGCCAGGAAGCGUCCGAAGAAAUCUCCUUGCAGCUGCCUGCGAACGUCCUGGCGGGGUCCGAGCGGGCCCACGUGACUGUCCUGGGAGACAUAAUGGGCGCGGCUCUGCAGAACAUAGAGCACCUGCAGCCCAUGUUCUUCGAUGAUGGAGAACAGAACAUGGUCCGGUUCGCUCUCAACAUCUACAUCCAGCAGUACCUGGAGAAGAGCGGGCAGCUGAGCCCGGAGAUCAGAGACAAGGCCCAGGGAUUCCUGCAGAGCAGGUACCAGCGCCAGCUUCACUAUAAGCACAAGGACAGCUCCUACAGCGCCUUCGGGGAGAGCGACUCCACGGGCAACACCUGGCUGACGGCCUUCGUCCUCAAGUCCUUUGGCCAGGCCAGACCCUACAUCUCCAUCGACGAGAAACACCUAAAGGAUGCCCUUGGGUGGCUGCAGCAUCACCAGCUGGAGAGCGGCUGCUUCCGCAUAGUGGGGAAGCUGAUGAACAACACCCUGCAGGGCAACAUCAUGGAUGAAAUCUCUCUCUCGGCUUACGUCACGGCAGCGCUGCUGGAGCUGGGGCAGCCGCUCACGGACCCCACGGUGACCAGGGCCCUCCAGUGCCUCCAGGAGUCCUCGCGCACCAGUGACCUCUACACGCGGGCGCUGCUGGCCUACGCCUUCGGGCUGGCGGGGCGCACGGAGCUGCGGGAUGCCCUUCUGCAGAGCCUGGCCCAGCACAGCAUCAGCGCCGGGGGACAGCUCCACUGGCGGAGGCAGGUGAAGGGCCUGCCCAGCCCCGAGUCCCACCGGAACCAUAUGGUGGAGGUGGAGCUGACGGCUUACGUGCUGCUGGCCCAUCUCUCCCUGCCCAACGUGUCUGCUGCCGACUUGGCGACCGCCUCCCAGAUCGCCCGCUGGCUCAGCAAGCAGGAGAAUCUCUACAAGGUCUCUGUCAGCAUCACAAGAAAUCCCGAUCCUGCUGCAGAGAGUUGGAGGCGGGGUCCUGUUGUCCCCUCGGUGACUCUCCUGCCCCAGAACACGGUGGUGGCCCUGCAGGCCCUGGCCAGAUACGCAGCCCUGACGUACAGCGCGAGCGGGACGGUGUCGGUGACCGUGAGCUCCCCGGCCGGGGCCCGGCAGCAAUUCCACGUGGAGAACGCCAACCGGCUGGAGCUGCAGCGAGCGGCCCUGCAGGAGAUCCCCGGGCAGUACACGGUGCAGGCCAGCGGCAGCGGCUGUGUCUUCGUGCAGCUGAUUCUGUGCUACAACGUGCCGCCCCCCAAGAGCGCCGCCACCUUUGAGCUGCGGGUGGAGACGGAGCCGAAGGAGUGCAGCGAGGGCGCCGCAUCCCGCUUCAGCCUGGCCCUGCACGCCCGGUACAGGGGGGAGCGCUCAGCCACCAACAUGGCCAUCAUCGAGGCCAAGCUGCCGUCCGGCUACGUCCCCGCCAAGAGCUCCCUGGGGCAGCUGGAGAAGCAGCCCUUGGUGAAGAGGCUGGAGGUGCAGAAGGACCAGGUGACCAUCUACCUGGACCAGCUGACGAAGGAGGCGGCGAAUUUCACCUUCUCCCUGGAGCAUGAUUUCCCUGUGAAGAAUCUCAGAGCAGCCCCUGUGAGGCUGUACGAUUACUACGGGCCGG